GAAAAACUGUAUGUCCAUGGGUGGACACCUUGCAUCUGUACACAACAUCGAGGAGUACCAUCAGAUUCAGACGAUGAUCUUGAGCGCCACUCAUUAUCAAAGAGAAGCAUGGAUCGGAGGGUCUGAUGCACAACAGAACCAAUGUUGGUUCUGGAGUGACGGUACUCUUUAUGACUUCACCAACUGGUGUCCUGGAGAGCCUAGUAACGGUAGAGGUCAUCAGAACUGUCUGCAAAUGAAUUAUUCAGAUCAGAAGUGCUGGGAUGACACGUGGUGUGAUGUUCACCUCCCGUAUGUCUGUGCCAGAAACGUCUGAUAAAAGCAUGGAUAACGUGUCAAAAGCACA